AUGUUCUGUUGUUUGAAAAGCUGUAUUAAUGGCUUUAGUUUAAGUCCCAGCGUACCUAUACGAAUUAAAGAGAAUCCUGUGCAAUUGGAUACACUGCAUAUGGGGCAUGAAGUUGUAGUAGUAAAAGGUGGACAGAGGGUAUGUGGAUCAGGUUGUGCCCUAGGUAAUGCUCCAGUUGUGCAAAAUAAAGCAUAUUUCGAAGUGAAGCUGCAACAAGGUGGUGUGUGGGCAGUCGGUCUUGCUACAAGGGAAACAGAUGUGAAUUGUGUACAUGGUGGGGUAGACAAAGAAUCUUGGUGUCUUAACAGCGAUGGUACAGUAAGGCAUGCCAACGAAGAACUGUAUCACCUCUCUGCUGCUCCAAGGGACUCCCCUACAGCUGAUCUCCUUGUGUCAACGCUUUCAGCCGAUCAAAAGGAACAGGAGUCGAAGGAAACUGAUGUCCCGACUUCAGCAGCCGUGAUGCCAGUAGAGGGCGACACUAUAGGCGUAGCAUACGACCAUGUGGAGCUGAAUUUCUUCCUGAAUGGAAAGAGUAUGGAAAUCCCAGUGAGAAAUGUUAGAGGCACCGUGUAUCCUGCACUAUACGUUGAUGAUGGUGCGAUCCUAGACAUAAAUUUAGACAACUUCCUAUACCCUCCACCGCCUGGAUAUGAGAAGAUCAUGGUUGAGCAAAGUCUACUUUAA